AAUAAAGAGGAGAGCCGAGCAGGGCUGAACAAUAGAGACGGGCAGACGGGCGAGGAGGAGAGCCAGCUGCCGCUGCUGGCGGAGAGCGGGCGCGCAGGCAGCCCGGACCCCGGCCCCGGGCCCCGGCCCCGGCCAGACAGCAGGCGGCCAGCGCCCCCGGGGAAGGGGUACCAUGGGGGAGCCGGCGGCAGGCGCCCCCAGCCCGCCGCGCGCCUCCGCCUGAGCGAGGCUCGGCGUCCUCUGCCCCAGCCCCGCCGCCCGGCCGCCCGGUCGCCCAGCCCCGGGUCCGCCUGGUCUGCGGCCGCUGCGCCCUGAGCCCUCUGCCCAUCGGGCGCCCCGCAGCCCUCGGCCCCGGGCUUCGCCGGACCCCGGCUGCCCGCGGACGCCCGCCCCAGUCAUGAACCCCCCGGAGGGGGCAGCAGAGGAAGGAGGAGCAGCCGACUCGGACGUGGACGCCUUUUUCCGGACAGGAUCUUUUCGGAAUGAUGGUUUGAAAGCUUCUGAUGUCCUUCCCAUCCUAAAGGAAAAAGUGGCCUUCGUGUCUGGGGGCCGGGAUAAGCGAGGAGGACCCAUCCUGACCUUCCCUGCUCGCAGCAAUCAUGAUAGAAUAAGACAGGAAGACCUGCGGAAACUCGUGACCUAUUUGGCCAGCGUGCCAAGCGAGGACGUGUGCAAACGUGGCUUCACCGUCAUCAUCGACAUGCGGGGCUCCAAGUGGGACCUCAUCAAGCCCCUCCUCAAGACGCUGCAGGAAGCGUUUCCCGCCGAGAUCCAUGUGGCCCUCAUCAUCAAACCUGACAACUUCUGGCAGAAGCAGAAGACCAACUUUGGCAGCUCCAAAUUCAUCUUCGAGACGAGCAUGGUGUCCGUGGAGGGCCUCACGAAGCUGGUGGACCCCUCCCAGCUGACGGAGGAGUUUGACGGCUCCCUGGACUACAACCACGAGGAGUGGAUCGAGCUUCGGCUCUCCCUGGAGGAGUUCUUCAACAGCGCCGUGCACCUGCUCUCACGCCUCGAGGACCUGCAGGAGAUGCUGGCCCGGAAGGAGUUCCCCGUGGAUGUGGAGGGCUCUCGGCGGCUCAUCGAUGAGCACACGCAGCUCAAGAAGAAGGUGCUGAAGGCCCCUGUGGAGGAGCUGGACCGGGAGGGGCAGCGGCUACUGCAAUGCAUCCGCUGCAGCGAUGGCUUCUCAGGGCGCAACUGUAUCCCCGGCAGCGCCGACUUCCAGAGCCUGGUGCCCAAGAUCACCAGCCUCCUGGACAAGCUGCACUCCACCCGGCAGCACCUGCACCAGAUGUGGCACGUGCGCAAGCUCAAGCUGGACCAGUGCUUCCAGCUGCGGCUCUUUGAGCAGGAUGCUGAGAAGAUGUUCGACUGGAUAAGCCACAACAAGGAGUUAUUCCUCCAGAGCCAUACGGAGAUCGGAGUCAGCUACCAGCACGCCCUAGACCUCCAGACGCAGCAUAAUCACUUCGCCAUGAACUCCAUGAAUGCCUAUGUCAACAUCAACCGCAUCAUGUCCGUGGCUUCCCGCCUCUCUGAGGCUGGUCAUUAUGCCUCACAGCAAAUCAAGCAGAUUUCCACGCAGCUGGACCAGGAGUGGAAGAGCUUUGCAGCUGCCCUGGACGAACGCAGCACCAUCCUUGCCAUGUCUGCGGUAUUCCACCAGAAGGCUGAGCAGUUCCUGUCGGGAGUGGAUGCCUGGUGCAAGAUGUGCAGUGAAGGUGGCCUGCCGUCCGAGAUGCAGGACCUGGAGCUGGCAAUCCAUCACCACCAGUCCUUGUAUGAGCAGGUGACCCAGGCCUACACGGAGGUCAGCCAGGAUGGCAAAGCACUGCUGGAUGUGCUGCAGCGUCCCCUGAGUCCUGGGAAUUCUGAGUCCCUCACAGCCACAGCCAACUACUCCAAGGCAGUGCACCAGGUGCUGGAUGUGGUGCACGAGGUGCUGCACCACCAGCGGCGGCUCGAGAGCAUCUGGCAGCACCGCAAGGUGCGGCUCCACCAGCGGCUGCAGCUCUGUGUCUUCCAGCAGGACGUCCAGCAGGUGUUGGACUGGAUUGAAAACCAUGGUGAGGCCUUUCUCAGCAAACACACAGGGGUUGGGAAGUCCCUGCAUAGAGCCCGGGCCCUGCAGAAGAGGCACGAUGACUUCGAAGAGGUGGCUCAGAACACAUACACCAAUGCUGACAAGCUCCUAGAAGCAGCGGAGCAGCUGGCCCAGACAGGGGAAUGUGACCCCGAGGAGAUCUACAAGGCAGCUCGACACCUGGAGGUGCGCAUCCAAGACUUUGUGCGCAGGGUGGAGCAGCGGAAGCUUCUCCUGGACAUGUCUGUCUCCUUCCACACGCACACCAAAGAGUUGUGGACAUGGAUGGAAGACCUUCAGAAGGAGAUGCUAGAGGAUGUCUGUGCAGACUCAGUGGAUGCGGUCCAGGAACUGAUCAAGCAGUUCCAGCAGCAGCAGACCGCCACUCUGGAUGCAACGCUCAACGUUAUCAAGGAAGGCGAAGACCUUAUUCAGCAGCUCAGGUCAGCGUCUCCCUCCCUGGGGGAGCCCAGCGAGGCCAGGGACUCGGCUGUGUCCAACAACAAGACGCCCCACAGUAGCUCCAUCAGCCACAUUGAAUCAGUCCUGCAGCAGCUGGACGACGCCCAGGUGCAGAUGGAGGAGCUGUUCCACGAGCGGAAGAUCAAGCUGGACAUCUUCCUGCAGCUGCGCAUCUUUGAGCAGUAUACCAUCGAGGUGACAGCAGAGCUAGAUGCCUGGAAUGAGGACUUGCUCCGGCAGAUGAAUGACUUCAACACGGAGGAUCUGACGCUGGCAGAGCAGCGGCUGCAGCGCCACACGGAGCGGAAGCUAGCUAUGAACAACAUGACCUUCGAGGUCAUCCAGCAGGGCCAGGAUCUGCACCAGUACAUCAUGGAGGUCCAGGCCUCAGGAAUUGAGUUAAUCUGUGAGAAAGAUAUUGAUCUGGCAGCCCAGGUACAAGAGCUACUGGAGUUUCUCCAUGAGAAGCAGCAUGAAUUGGAGCUGAACGCGGAGCAGACCCACAAGCGGCUCGAGCAGUGCCUCCAACUGCGGCACCUCCAGGCCGAGGUCAAACAGGUCCUGGGAUGGAUCCGCAAUGGGGAGUCAAUGCUCAAUGCCAGCCUGGUCAAUGCCAGCUCUUUGUCUGAAGCAGAGCAGCUGCAGCGGGAGCACGAGCAGUUCCAACUGGCCAUCGAGUCCCUCUUUCAUGCCACUUCCUUGCAGAAGACGCACCAGAGUGCCCUGCAGGUACAGCAGAAAGCCGAGGCGCUGCUCCAGGCCGGCCACUAUGAUGCAGAGGCCAUCCGGGAAUGUGCUGAGAAGGUGGCCCUCCACUGGCAGCAGCUGAUGCUGAAGAUGGAAGACCGGCUAAAACUGGUCAAUGCCUCUGUGGCCUUUUACAAAACUUCCGAACAGGUUUGUAGUGUCCUGGAGAGCUUAGAGCAAGAGUACCGGAGAGAUGAGGACUGGUGUGGUGGACGAGAUAAACUGGGGCCAGCGGCAGAGAUCGACCACGUCAUUCCGCUCAUCAGUAAACACUUGGAACAAAAAGAGGCCUUUCUUAAGGCCUGCACCCUGGCGCGGCGGAACGCGGAGGUGUUUCUCAAGUACAUCCACAGGAACAACGUCAGCAUGCCCAGUGCAGCCAGCCACACCCGAGGACCUGAGCAGCAAGUGAAAGCCAUCUUAAGUGAGCUCUUACAGAGGGAGAAUCGCGUCCUGCACUUCUGGACCUUGAAGAAGCGGCGGUUAGACCAGUGCCAGCAAUACGUGGUGUUUGAGCGGAGCGCUAAGCAGGCACUGGACUGGAUCCAAGAAACAGGUGAAUAUUACCUCUCAACACAUACCUCCACCGGAGAGACCACAGAGGAGACUCAGGAACUGCUGAAAGAAUAUGGGGAAUUCAGGGUGCCUGCCAAGCAAACCAAGGAGAAGGUGAAACUCCUGAUUCAGCUGGCCGAUAGCUUUGUGGAAAAAGGCCACAUUCAUGCCACAGAGAUCAGGAAAUGGGUGACCACGGUGGACAAGCAUUACAGAGACUUCUCCCUGAGGAUGGGAAAAUAUCGGUAUUCCCUAGAGAAAGCCCUAGGAGUCAACACAGAGGAUAACAAGGACCUGGAGCUGGACAUCAUCCCAGCGAGCCUUUCGGAUCGUGAGGUCAAGCUACGGGACGCCAACCACGAAGUCAAUGAAGAGAAGCGGAAGUCAGCCCGGAAGAAAGAAUUCAUUAUGGCUGAACUACUCCAGACAGAGAAAGCUUAUGUAAGGGACUUACAUGAGUGCUUAGAGACCUACCUGUGGGAAAUGACCAGUGGCGUGGAGGAGAUCCCCCCUGGGAUCCUUAAUAAAGAACAUGUCAUCUUUGGCAACAUCCAGGAGAUCUACGAUUUUCAUAACAACAUCUUCCUCAAAGAGCUGGAGAAGUACGAGCAGCUGCCUGAGGAUGUGGGACACUGCUUUGUUACCUGGGCAGACAAAUUUCAGAUGUAUGUCACCUACUGUAAAAACAAGCCUGAUUCCAACCAGCUGAUCCUGGAGCAUGCGGGCACCUUCUUUGAUGAGAUCCAGCAGCGGCACGGUCUGGCCAACUCCAUCUCUUCCUACCUAAUUAAGCCUGUCCAGAGGAUCACCAAGUACCAACUGCUCCUGAAGGAACUCUUAACUUGCUGUGAAGAAGGGAAAGGGGAGCUCAAGGAUGGCCUGGAGGUGAUGCUCAGUGUCCCAAAGAAAGCCAAUGAUGCCAUGCACGUCAGCAUGCUGGAAGGGUUUGAUGAGAACCUGGACGUGCAGGGGGAGCUGAUUCUCCAGGAUGCCUUUCAAGUGUGGGACCCGAAGUCGCUGAUCCGGAAGGGGCGGGAACGACACUUGUUCCUCUUUGAGAUCUCCUUGGUUUUUAGCAAGGAGAUCAAAGACUCUUCAGGACACACAAAAUAUGUUUACAAGAACAAGCUACUGACCUCAGAGCUGGGUGUGACCGAGCACGUGGAAGGCGAUCCCUGCAAAUUCGCCUUGUGGUCCGGGCGCACCCCGUCCUCAGACAAUAAAACAGUGCUGAAAGCCUCCAACAUAGAAACCAAGCAGGAAUGGAUCAAGAACAUACGAGAGGUGAUUCAAGAAAGGAUCAUUCACCUGAAAGGAGCUUUAAAGGAGCCAAUUCAGCUCCCCAAAACACCAGCCAAACAGAGGAACAAUAGUAAGAGGGAUGGAGUGGAGGAUGUUGACAGCCAAGGGGAUGGGAGCAGCCAGCCAGACACCAUCUCCAUUGCCUCUAGGACCUCUCAGAACACAGUGGACAGUGACAAGCUCUCUGGCGGAUGUGAGUUGACCGUGGUCCUCCAGGACUUCAACGCAGGCCACAGCAGCGAGCUGACCAUCCAGGUGGGACAGACGGUGGAGCUGCUGGAGCGGCCGAGCGAGCGGCCGGGCUGGUGUCUGGUGCGCACCACGGAACGGAGCCCCCCUCAGGAGGGCCUGGUCCCCAGCAGUGCCCUGUGCAUCUCCCAUUCCCGAAGCAGCGUGGAGAUGGACUGCUUCUUCCCCUUGGUGAAAGAUGCAUACUCUCAUUCCUCCAGUGAAAACGGAGGCAAGUCCGAGUCAGUGGCCAACCUGCAGACCCAGCCCUCCCUGAACUCCCUCCACAGUUCCCCCGGUCCCAAACGCUCCACAAACACCCUUAAGAAGUGGCUAACGAGUCCCGUGCGCCGGCUCAACAGCGGGAAGGCAGACGGCAACAUCAAGAAGCAGAAGAAAGUACGAGAUGGUCGGAAGAGCUUUGACCUGGGAUCUCCCAAGCCUGGAGAUGAGACGACCCCUCAAGGAGACAGUGCUGAUGAGAAGAGCAAGAAAGGUUGGGGUGAAGAUGAGCCAGAUGAAGAGUCACACACCCCCCUCCCUCCGCCUAUGAAGAUCUUUGACAACGACCCCACGCAAGACGAGAUGAGUCUGGAAGGAGGCUCAUACCGGGGGAGCUUGAAAGACCCCGCAGGCUGCCUGAAUGAGGGGAUGACCCCGCCCACACCUCCUAGAAACCUGGAAGAAGAACAGAAAGCCAAGGCCCUGAGAGGCAGGAUGUUUGUCCUGAACGAGCUGGUACAGACAGAGAAAGACUAUGUCAAGGAUCUGGGGAUUGUGGUGGAGGGCUUCAUGAAGAGAAUAGAAGAAAAGGGUGUCCCUGAGGACAUGCGAGGAAAGGAUAAAAUCGUGUUUGGGAAUAUUCAUCAGAUCUAUGACUGGCAUAAGGACUUUUUCCUGGCUGAACUGGAAAAAUGUAUCCAGGAGCAAGACAGAUUGGCACAGCUCUUUAUUAAACAUGAGCGAAAGCUGCACAUCUAUGUGUGGUACUGCCAGAAUAAGCCGCGCUCAGAGUACAUUGUCGCCGAGUACGACGCCUACUUUGAAGAGGUGAAACAGGAGGUAAAUCAAAGGCUGACACUCAGCGACUUCCUUAUCAAGCCCAUUCAGAGAAUAACAAAAUAUCAGCUGCUCCUCAAGGACUUCCUGAGAUACAGCGAGAAGGCUGGUUUGGAGUGUUCAGAUAUUGAGAAAGCAGUGGAGUUAAUGUGCCUUGUUCCAAAACGCUGCAAUGACAUGAUGAAUCUGGGACGCCUGCAGGGCUUUGAGGGCACCCUCACGGCCCAGGGGAAGCUGCUGCAGCAGGACACGUUCUAUGUGAUUGAGCUGGAUGCGGGCAUGCAGUCCCGGACCAAGGAGAGGCGCGUGUUCCUCUUUGAACAAAUUGUCAUCUUCAGUGAGCUGCUCAGGAAGGGCUCACUCACCCCAGGCUACAUGUUCAAAAGGAGCAUCAAGAUGAAUUACUUGGUCCUGGAGGAGAACGUGGACAAUGACCCCUGCAAGUUUGCACUCAUGAACAGGGAGACUUCGGAGAGGGUCAUUCUGCAAGCCGCCAACGCUGACAUCCAGCAGGCCUGGGUGCAGGACAUCAAUCAAGUCUUGGAAACACAGCGAGACUUCUUAAAUGCACUACAGUCGCCCAUCGAGUAUCAGCGGAAAGAAAGGAGCACAGCCGUGAUGAGGUCCCAGCCCGCAAGGGCCCCCCAAGCCAGCCCCAGGCCCUACUCUUCUGUCCCCAUGGGCUCUGAGAAGCCCCCAAAGGGCUCCAGUUAUAACCCGCCUCUGCCACCCCUGAAGAUAUCUACCUCCAAUGGCAGUCCAGGGUUUGACUACCACCAGCCUGGGGACAAGUUUGAGGCCAGCAAGCAGAGCGACCUGGGAAGCUGCAAUGGGACCUCGUCCAUGGCCGUGAUCAAAGAUUACUAUGCACUGAAGGAGAACGAAAUCUGUGUGAGCCAAGGUGAGGUGGUCCAGGUCCUCGCCGUCAACCAGCAGAACAUGUGCCUGGUGUACCAGCCUGCCAGCGACCAUUCCCCCGCAGCCGAGGGCUGGGUCCCGGGCAGCAUCCUGGCACCCCUCACCAAAGCCACGGCAGCAGCAGAAAAUAGUGACGGGAGCAUCAAGAAGUCAUGUUCAUGGCAUACUCUACGCAUGAGAAAGCGGGCGGAAGUGGAGAACACGGGUAAAAAUGAAGCCACAGGGCCUCGUAAACCCAAGGAUAUUCUGGGCAACAAAGUCUCUGUUAAAGAGACCAACAGUUCCGAGGAGUCAGAGUGUGAUGAUCUUGACCCUAAUACUAGCAUGGAGAUCUUAAAUCCAAAUUUCAUCCAAGAAGUGGCCCCAGAAUUCCUUGUGCCCUUAGUGGAUGUGACCUGCUUGCUUGGGGACACAGUGACACUGCAGUGCAAAGUCUGUGGACGGCCGAAGCCCACCAUCACCUGGAAGGGUCCAGACCAGAACAUCCUCGACACUGACAACAGCUCAGCCACAUAUACUGUCUCCUCCUGUGAUUCUGGGGAAAUCUCUCUGAAGAUCUGCAAUCUGAUGCCCCAAGACAGCGGGAUUUAUACCUGCAUAGCAACAAAUGACCACGGCACCACAUCGACGUCUGCCACAGUCAAAGUGCAAGGUGUUCCAGCAGCCCCUAACCGCCCCAUCGCCCAGGAGAGAAGCUGCACGUCCGUGAUUCUCCGCUGGCUGCCCCCUUCCAGCACGGGAAACUGCACCAUUUCUGGCUACACCGUGGAGUACAGAGAGGAAGGUUCCCAGGCCUGGCAGCAGUCGGUAGCCUCAACCUUGGACACUUACCUCGUCAUUGAAGACCUCAGUCCCGGGAGUCCUUACCAGUUCAGAGUCAGUGCCAGUAACCCGUGGGGGAUCAGCCUCCCCAGCGAGCCCUCGGAGUUUGUGCGACUUCCGGAGUAUGAUGCUGCUGCCGAUGGGGCCACCAUUUCUUGGAAGGAAAAUUUCGAUUCAGCUUAUACUGAGCUGAAUGAAAUUGGAAGAGGCCGUUUCUCCAUAGUAAAGAAGUGCAUUCACAAAGCUACCCGCAAAGACGUCGCCGUGAAAUUCGUCAGCAAAAAGAUGAAGAAAAAAGAGCAGGCUGCCCACGAGGCUGCCCUGCUCCAGCACCUGCAGCACCCCCAGUACAUCACUCUGCAUGAUACCUACGAGUCCCCCACAUCCUACAUCCUGAUUUUGGAACUGAUGGACGAUGGCCGGCUCUUAGACUACCUUAUGAAUCAUGAUGAGCUGAUGGAAGAAAAAGUAGCUUUCUACAUCCGGGACAUCAUGGAGGCUCUGCAGUACCUUCACAACUGCAGGGUUGCACAUUUGGACAUAAAGCCUGAAAACCUGCUCAUUGACCUACGGAUUCCAGUGCCUCGAGUGAAGCUCAUCGACUUGGAGGAUGCUGUCCAGAUCUCAGGUCACUUCCACAUACACCACCUGUUGGGGAACCCCGAGUUUGCUGCCCCAGAAGUGAUCCAAGGCAUCCCUGUGUCCCUGGGCACAGAUAUCUGGAGCAUCGGGGUUCUGACAUAUGUCAUGCUGAGUGGGGUCUCCCCCUUCUUGGAUGAGAGCAAAGAGGAAACGUGUAUCAACGUGUGCAGGGUGGACUUCAGCUUCCCCCAUGAAUACUUCUGUGGCGUGAGCAAUGCCGCCAGAGAUUUCAUCAACGUGAUCUUACAGGAAGACUUUCGAAGGCGGCCCACGGCGGCCACCUGCCUGCAGCAUCCAUGGCUGCAGCCCCACAAUGGCAGCUACUCCAAGAUCCCCCUGGAUACCUCCCGCCUGGCGUGCUUCAUAGAACGCCGCAAGCAUCAGAACGACGUGCGACCUAUUCCCAAUGUCAAGAGCUACAUUGUCAACCGGGUAAACCAAGGGACGUAGCCAUCUCCUGGCCCUUGAGGUUUCACAUGGAAGUGCAGUGUGAACCAAAGCAAGACUGAAUGUGUCUGUAAAUAACUUGGUUAAUUAUUUCGCUCCAUGUGGUUCUCUGGAUUGAGAGAUGUACCUCUUCAACCUCGUCAGUGGUUAUUCAGGGUCUGAGCAGGAGUAAAAUCACCCUAAAGCCAGGGGCUUUCCAGAAGGCCAUUCAGAAGACAGAAAGAUGCAAAGAGUCACUGAAAGUAUUAAAAAAGGGGCAAGGAUAACAAGAAUAUUCGCUGUUAUAAAACGUUAAUUGGGCAUUCCAAAAUGAGUGGUUUCCUGGGCAAAACUUAAGCUCACUGUAAUGAGUAUAAAAGGUUUCUGCCUUUGUUGAAAUUUUAAUCAAAAACUUGUAUUUAAUAGAGAUGUCAUGUAUGUCAACUCUUCUGGUUUAGAUUACUUAGAUAUAGUUUCUUAAUAGGAUACAAAUACAGUAAAAUAUAUCCCAUUCAGGUUUCAGAGUUUUAUAAUAUAGAGAUAUAUAUGAAAUCAAUCGUAAGUAACUUUGAGUGCUCCAGUUAAGACAGUAGUUUAUUUACCGAAGCAUUACAUUGUUUUGACUAAGCACAAUUAGAUGACAAGUUUUUUAGAGCAUUUUAUAAAUCUUGUAUAGAAAUCUUUUACCAGAACCUGUGCAUUCAGAGAAAGCAAUGUUACCCUUUUGCAAUCUGUGAACGAGAAGAUUUUUCUCUUGGCCACAGGCAUUUGACAACAUAGGUUCUGUAUAUGAAAUGCUACCCCCAAAUUCAUUGGCAGCUCAGAGUUCAUCUGGCAGGAAAGCCUGCCAGGAAAUCAGUCCAAACACAGUAAGAGUUGUGGGGCUAUUUUUAUGUCUACACUUGGUUUGAAACAGGUUAUGAAUCUAACAGGUUCAUACAAAAGGGCAAAUCAAAACCUUUCCUAUAGUUCCUACGAACAACGUCACAACACUUUCUGGUGUCUCCUACAGCUGUGGGGUGCAAUCCUCAGAAAGUUGGCCUGCUUUGUUUCUACCCCCUUAUGGAAGCUAAGGGAUACUUACCAAAAGGAGGCAGCCAUAUAGGCCCUUUAAAGGCCUGGUCCCCAGUCCUUUUUGAAGCCAUGGAAUAGAAUCUGAUGUAUCAUCCUGACAGCACCUUGAGUUUUAGCUGCGAUUGCAAUACCUAUCAGCACUCAGCCGCCGACAUUUCCGUGGACUAAAAAGACUGAUUGCACUUAGAGACCAACGCUGCUGUCUGGUGUAUAUUCUCCGUGCAAGAUGAUUACGAACUGCCCUUUCUUCUGCUGGUGGGAAAAAAAAUUAAACCUGGGCAUUUCAUGGUUUUUCUUUCUGUCUUGUUUUGUUUUUUUUUUCUUCUUUUUAUUUUUGUAGAUGAUCCACCCUUUGUUUUCUAGAAUUUGAAAAUUGCUGUUAUACAAAUCAUAUUUUGAAAAUAUAACUCAAGUGUUUGUCCAAAUCAGGUUUAAGGGCAUUGCUUCUCUCCUAUAAUAGGAUUGAGAAGAUUAAAAUCACGCAGCACAGAGGUGCAAUCAGAGAGUUUAUGAAGGAUUAAUGGAACUACAAACAUAUCUAAAUGGAAAAGAAUGGUGGAAACUAAGCCUGAACUUUAAAAUAUAAGAACACUUAUUCCCACAGUGGAAAUGUGAAUUGAAUAUUCUCAUCAUUCUUUUCCAUUGGUUUCAAAGUCAACUUCCUCAUCCACCCUCCACCUCAUCCCAUCCAAGAUUAUAGAUUAAUAAACUAGUAGAAAGGACAAGCAAUAAGACUGGAUAGCACUUCAUAUUUCAGGAUUAACCAAAUAGAUGGAAAAUGACUCCAACUGUAUCUGUUCCUGGGUCAUCAAGGCUCCCUUUCUCAGAGCUCUCUCUUGACUAGCCCUCCAUAUUGAUCAUUGAAACCCAUGUGUAUAUACAAAUACUAUAUGAUACAAUAUUUCAAAAUUUAAAACAUAUAUACUAAAAACUCUUUUAGUAAACAUGUCUUCAUUAUGACAUACAGCAUAAAAAAAGAAAGCCUGGUCCAUAGGGCUUGUCAUAGGAUAGAUCGCAGGUGCUGAGGAUUCCAAAUAUCCAUAAAGUACACGUGACAAGUUCUGUUCCAUCCAUUGUGGAGAACAGAGCCCCCUGCUGAAUCAUGUUGAGUUUUUAUGACCAUCUAGGAGACAUGCUGAGCUUCUGCUUGAGAAGGAUGGGGCCUAGGGCAAUGGGGCACAGGUUGCACAGGAGAGCAUUAAUGAAAUCUUGUUGUGGGGAGGGUGUUGGACAGAAUGUUAGAGCCCAAGCUUUGAUAUCAGCUUUUCUAUCAGAGUUGAGAUGGUCCAGAUGUGAAGUAGUGUGGAAUUCCCCCAAUACACAUGUUGGGGAAGUGAGGAGACAGGAAAGGAGUGACGUAGAAAUGAAAAGCAGUAUGAUUUUGUUAAUUGGAGCCAAAGUACAAUCAUUAGAAUAGAAUGAAUUUAAUAAAGGCCCCAAGAGAAAGGGUGUAUAUUUCAUAUAGUUUGAUAACUGGAGAAAACUAACAGGUGGUCCCCUGUCUGCAAAGCUCCUGGUCCCUCCCAACAGGGAUGAGAUAGCUGUCCUGGUUCAAGAAUUCUCCAUAGCAAGUUGGAAAGAACAAGGAAUCCCAGAAGACAGGGCUGGGAAAUGUACUUGAGUUGCUCUGUGGGCAACUGUGGUGAGGCCCGAAGGAGUAGGACCCACUUUCAUAUACCCAUUUUGGCAGAGAGAUUGAUUACUUUGUGGUAAAGAAGAGAGGAGAGAAAAGAAAAUGGUCCAUUUCUACUAUAAUUAUGGUAGUUCUUGAAAUCAAAACUUAACUAGGAAUUAGUGAGAGUAAGCUUCCAGUUGAAAUGGGAAAAAUAAAUAUUGGUUAAAGUCACAUUUUUCUUGGGUGGCUCAUAGUCAUUGAAUGGGGUUUGGAGGUGUUUUGGGUUUUGUCUUGUAAGGGUGGGAUGCAGACAGGAAGAAAAGAUCAGGGACAACCCAUAAUAAUUUUGAAAAGGUAUAAUGACUUACUGCAUCUUUUACAUUUGUUUCAAAUUAAAUAGAUUUGUAGCCACUUACAGCUGAAUGUGGGAAAAACUUUAAGAACAAAAUUGUCACGGUGGAGGUGUCCUUCGGGUCUCUCACGGCUACAAACACUCUUGGGAGAGUGGGGAGGAAGCAGAGGAAAAGCUGGAUUCACCGCUUUGUGGUUCACAAAGGCUUUAUAAAUAGUAGUGCCUUUUAGAGGGGAGGAUGGGAGAUAAAGAAGUUCAUUGUAUUUAGAUUAACUGAUAGUGCAGCAUUUUCUCUUUAUUUUAAACUAUCUUUUAAGUGAAAACAUCUGAAUAUGGGGGAGCCUAGGAAUUCUUGAGUUUCAACCUCAGCUAUUCCUGAUUCGUCCUUUCUUACAGAAAGUGUUUUUUCUGCCCCAAAUGUCCCCAUUGUUAAAAUGGGAGUUGUGGAGAAGGAGGGGAGGACAUUAAUCUCAUAGGAAUGUUGGAAAAACACCUUUGUUGGGAUGUCUAGAAAACACUUUGAUUCUUUUAAAGUGCUACACACUGCCAGUGCGAAGAAUUUUAUUGAUGGUGACUUUGAACAUUCCAGGUUUUCAAUAUUCAUGUCUUUAGAUACUAUUUGUAAACUCACGGGAUUAAAUUCUUUAAACUGAUUUUAAUUGGAAGUACUAGCUGCUCUUUGUCUAGAUGUUAUUUGGUCUUAGCCUGUAAUUUCAAUCAUUUAAAAGCUUGUCUACAGAAAAAGGGUAGGAGAGCUGAUGCAGCUUAUAUUAAUAAACUGUUUUCUCCAGUGUAUCUUACGGCAGACGCAAAGAGUAAGAUGCCCCCAAAGCAACUGCCACUCUCCCUUCUCAAGCUUUAUGCUUUGGAAAAAUUGACAGAGAAAAACCCAAACAGCCACUCUCCUCACUGGGAGGGCAGAAGUGAGAAUAAAAUAUUUUCUGAUAUCACAACUCAUUUCUUUAGAGUCUCACAGGCCUCUAUUAUAAGAGGCAAAUUAAAUGCACAGGUAAAAAAUUGAACUGUUGGUUUUUGGAGGGAAAAUCUUGGAUCCUUUUUUUAGAUAAUUAGGUGUUUCAGGAGUUGCAUAUUUGCUGUCCUAUCGUCUCUAUGAUUUAGUGCCUGUGACUUAGUCAUUACCUUUUUUCUUGCCAUGGUGGAAGAGCAUGGACAUUUAGAUUUGUGAGAAGACAAGGGAGAAAACAUGUUUUAAACUAUCUAAUGGUUAUUUCCGUGUAUUAAGUAAAGCUUUGUCCCAUGCAUUUGCUAGAGGUGGAGCUAUUUCAAACACAAGGGGUUUCUGGAAUAGGGCAAAAGUGCAGACUCACCACUUCCUUGUUCAGUUUUGAGAAAUGUGGGCCUUAUUCCUUUCUCUCCUGGGUAGCAUGGCUAUGAAGUCUGAGUUGGGCAAACACAGUAUUUGACUUAUUUACAUUAUGGUUUUUCUUAACUAUUUAAGCUUUAGGGUGCAUUUGGAAAUGAAUGAUUAAAGCUGGGGUGGUGUUAGCAAAGAUAAGGUUUACACAUACUCCACUAAGACAAGCGAAGCUACCAUGUUAAUAUUUCUUUUCUAAAAUCUACAAGGCUCUGAGUUGUUUCAUUAAUUCUAGAGGGUUAAAAAGGGCUGAAAUUUGUCCACAGCACUAGAGGUUUUUAAUAGAAAAUAUUAUUCAUGUGAGAAAUCUAUACAGACAUAUAACACAGAAAUAUCACAGGCCAUAUUUUCUAUGAAAGGCAUUUCUUCCUCAUUUUCAGUAUAUGGAGAAGUUAGAGGAGAGGAAAAAGCAAUUACUUUAAGACAAAUUUUCAUCUUUAAGGGACAUUUAAUAGAAAGCCUGAAAUUCAUACUCAUAGGCUAUUGUGCUUUCCUGUCAGCCUGUUUGCUGGGAGAUUCUAAAAUGGGGUCAGGUUUGGUUUUAUUCAAAUGAUCAAGAUUAACUGUUUCUUCAGAUAACUGUUAUUUCAGAUAGUGAGGACAGCUGAGAAAAGGGAAGGUGGUGCGGAAAAGGGCAAAUAAUUCUUGGAGUCCCAACUCCUGAGGCUUAAUUGAAGCAAGCUAAUUUGCCAGCCCAGGAACAGCUAACAUGAGUUCCACCAAUGCCUGACUUCUAUCAAGAAACGUACCACAUCCUGGAGUAUUAUGGAGACUGUUACCACGAUCUCAAAGACUGUGGUUAUGAAUCUGAAAUGAACAAAACAUGCAUCUUCUCUUACUAACUGAAGCCAUAUCUGUCAUCUCUGUGUUUGAUUUUUUUGACCCUGGUGCUUUUUACUUCUGUUUCUGCCAAACUUCAGCCUACUCUAUGGGGAAGGUGAGUAAAACUAGUAGUUAGGACAAAUGUGAAGACUGAAAAACUGGAGUCUUCAGAAUGAGAUCGUAGUCAGAUAACAGUAGUGAUCAAAGUGCAAACUGUUGGAAAAUAUGGAUAUAUGUACAUCUGUACAUGUAUAUAGUGUAUAAUACGUAUGUAUAUGUUAUUGCUCAUAUGCAGAAAUCUAUCCAUGUGAAGACAGCCCAGGUGGGUCAGUUUUUCUAUUGGAAAACCAUUUAGGGACAUUCAAAACCAUUAGGGCUGAUGGGCAGAGUUAGUUUCACUCAUCUGGGAAUUAUUUGUUCCCUUUUGAAGUCCACAAAGCCAAAAACAAAGCCUGAAACAUAAUGGGGCCAUUAUUUUAGUUAUUCUGUUUACCUGAAGUCUUUAUAUUCAUAUCUUUAUAGUUGAAUUAUUAAUAGUUGGUUUGCAAACUGCAUUGGCACCUUUUGGUUUUGAGCGAUCCCUUCCCCACCAAGUAUUUUGAGAGUUUGGGGUGGGCUUCUCUGGCCAUUCAGAUAAAGGGCCUUAUCCAUAAAUGGACAGGUUUCCCCAUAGGGACCAUUACACAUAUACAUAGAAGUACAUGCUUCCAUCAGGCUUGUAACAAUUGAUUUAAAAUCACUCCACAGUAUUGAUAAAUAGCUCUAUAUUUUCAAGGUGCAGAAGAAUUCCACAGCCUUAAUUAUUUCAGUGUCUUGCUGGUCUGCCUUAAGUGUAUCUUCUGGGUUUUUGGUUGUCUUAUUAUUUUUAAGUUUUUCUGCAGUUGUUCAUUUUGUAUGCACACAAUGUCGUUUUGUAAAGGUAGUUGUAAAUAUUUUAUUUGUAAGUCAAAAUCAUUCAUGUGUAAUGUUGUAAAGUGAUGACCUGCUGUCUUGUUAUUAUUACUACAGUAAAUGUUAUGAGUUAUGGAUGCAACUUCAAAAUGUACAUCUCACAAGUUAUGCAUUCCUAUAAAUAUACUAUACUCAAGAUA